CUGCAACACAAACACACACUCAGACCUAUGAGCACAACGUCGGUACAAACACACAUCGCCCCAAGAGUCUUUUGGCCCCUUAUUCCCCUGAUGGUCAUUAACCUGGAGCCAGUUAGAGAGAGAGGCGUCCUCCAUAUUUCAACUCAGUGUGUUUUAGAAUCUCCAUCCCCGUCCUUUCUCCCAAGGGCCACCCCGUCCCCUCCCUGAGUCCCAUUUCCAUUUUGCCCUGCGAGAACACACACCGAGCACCCUCGGUGGCAUACACACCACUACAGCCUGUAUUUCUGCGACUUUAGUCGGGCUGUGCAGAAAUUCAGCGGCACGAUGUCCGCUCUCCCAAAAAAUGAAUCCCCGGCUGUGUGUUGGAGCGGUAAAAGGUGGCGGUGGCCCCUGGAGGAGAGGUCAGCGUGGCAGCUGCCAGUGGGCUCUUGCUGUGGCGGGGAGGCUGAGUCGGGCUGAGAGGAGGUCUGUCAGGAGCUAAUUGAGUUCGUCCUACCAGCGCUGACUCUGGGGCCAGUGGCUUAUCAGGCCACAUCGCCUGGGGCCCUCCAGACAGAUCUGCCCCUACUGGGGCAUCUGAUAUCACCAUCACCCUGCCUGCAGAUGUCAACCCCCACCAUCACAACACACACCCCUUCCCCUCCACUUACCCAGUCUGAUCAGGUAGCAAGGAUGUGACACUCCGGGAUGAGGCUGCUGAAUAGAAUGGCCGCUGAUGACCGGCACCUGCCCUCCAGUUGCGGGUCCUACAUCAAGACGGAGCCGUCCAGUCCCUCCUCGGUCAUCGACACGGUCAGCCACCACAGCCCCAGCGGCAACUCAGACGCCAGCGGCGGCUAUGUCAGCGCAAUGAACAGCCACUCCAACGGUCUGGACUCUCCGCCCAUGUUCACCCCCGGCGGGCUCGGGGCCGGCACCUGCCGCAAGCGCUACGAUGACUGCUCCAGCACCAUCAUGGAGGACUCGUCCAUAAAGUGCGAAUACAUGUUGAACUCCCUCCCCAAGAGGCUGUGCCUGGUCUGUGGAGAUAUAGCCUCGGGGUAUCACUAUGGGGUGGCUUCUUGUGAGGCCUGCAAAGCCUUUUUUAAAAGGACAAUACAAGGUAACAUAGAAUACAGCUGUCCUGCCACAAAUGAGUGUGAGAUCACAAAACGGAGACGCAAAUCAUGUCAGGCUUGUCGCUUCAUGAAAUGCCUCAAAGUGGGGAUGCUCAAAGAAGGUAAGAAGAGGGUUCGUCUGGACCGCGUGCGUGGGGGCAGACAGAAGUACAAGCGGAGGCUGGACGCGGAAAACAACCCGUACCUGGGCUUGACGCUCCCCCCUCCCACCAAAAAGCCUCUGACAAAGAUAGUGUCUCACCUGUUGGUGGCGGAGCCGGAGAAGAUCUAUGCCAUGCCUGACCCCACCAUGCCGGAGAGCGACAUCAAGGCUCUGACCACGCUGUGCGACCUGGCUGACCGCGAGCUCGUGGUCAUCAUCGGCUGGGCCAAGCACAUCCCAGGCUUUUCCUCUCUCUCUCUGGGAGACCAGAUGAGUUUACUGCAGAGCGCCUGGAUGGAGAUCCUCAUCCUCAGCAUCGUGUUCCGCUCGCUGCCGUACGAGGACGAGCUGGUGUACGCCGAGGACUACAUCAUGGACGAGGAGCACUCGCGGCUGACGGGCCUGCUCGACCUCUACGUCUCCAUCCUGCAGCUGGUCCGCAAAUACAAGAAGCUCAAAGUGGAGAAGGAGGAGUUCGUCACCCUCAAGGCCAUCGCGCUCGCCAACUCAGACUCCAUGCACAUAGAGGACAUGGAGGCGGUCCAGAAGCUUCAGGACGCUCUCCACGAGGCCCUGCAGGACUUCGAGAGCGGCCAGCACCAGGAGGACCCGCGGCGGGCGGGCAAGCUGCUCAUGACCCUGCCUCUGCUGCGGCAGACGGCCACCAAGGCGGUGCAGCACUUUUACAGCAUCAAGGUGCAGGGAAAGGUGCCCAUGCACAAACUGUUCCUGGAGAUGCUGGAGGCCAAGGUCUGAUCGGAGGGUGGCGGAUCGGCCACGGCGAUGGCGGAGGGCUGCGUUAGCGAUACAGAAAGUGACUUGAACCAAGGCGGCGGGUACUCAGGAGAAGGAGACCCCCACUGACUGUGCUAUAGGCAGGAGAGUGACUGACCUCUCUCGCUCCUCCUCCUCCUCCUCCUGGAACCCCGGGACACUAAUUAAAAAAGAAAUGCAAAACUUGGUUAUUAGUAUAAAUAUAAAAAUGAUGCAGAUUAAUUUAAAAUAUAUAAGAAAUACUAUGUACAGUAAUAAUUUUUUUGGUUUUUGUUAAUUGUCAGUGCUGUAUAUGAAGAAGGACCCCUCUGCCCCUCAGCAUCUUCAGAAUAAGUAGUUGCCAGUUCUUGAUAACAAGAUAAAGAGGUUUCUUUUUUUUUUCAGAGAACUAAAAGUUCCUUAAAAUUUGUUCUGAAGACAGCAGAGGUGUCAAAAACCAUAAACAGACUCACUUGUCUCACAGCUGUGUUUUUUUUCCUGGACUUGACCAGGACGUGUAUAUAUUUAUUAAUGGAAGACUGAGUGUACAGUUCAAAGUCUGGUGAACUUGGUGGCCAUUUUCUCUUGUUCUCCUCCUGGAAAAAAAAUGAACUAAAAUUGUUACCUAAAUGUGAACUCUUUAUCAGUUUAAAUGUCCUUGGAUAUACCUCUCAAGAGCAGUAAGCCGUGUGAUCUUUGUGGAUCUGUCUCAGACUGGAAGACUUGCUGGUCCCAUGUUUAACCAAACUAGCAUAGGCAGGUACAAGUAGUCAGUCGUCUUAUUCUGUAGUAACUCAGCAAUAAAAGGGAGCUGUGGGGAAUCUUUCAUGUGCUUUUCAAUGAUGCUGUUGCUAGAAGACCAUGCCUGUGUAUCCCAGUCCCACCAGUGGGACACACCGCUGCACCGCUGCUGCACACUAGUGUCCCUCCUCUCCUUGUGGUGGUUUGUGUCGGUGCUGUUUCAUGUAACCCAUUGAACUCCAAAUUUGGUCGUUGAUUUAAGCCCAUGGAAAUUGCCACUUGGCAUGCAAAUAGAUGACCUGAUUCGGGGCUAGGUGAAAGAUGAUCAGCGCGUUUUGCCGUGGCGGUAUCAAAGGAUUUAUGCCGAGUGGCAGAAGUCCAGGAGAUUCCUUGUUCAAACAAUCAGAGGCCCAUAUGUCAGCCGCUCUAUUUUGGGCCCCUUUAAGCCCGUGGCAGAGUCAUCCCACACACAGGGAGCAAGGUGCCCAGCAUCUGCUCUCACCAUUUUAGACACCUCCCGUCUUUUAAUAGCCGUGCCUGCAUUUAUAGAGCUUCGACCAAACAGAGGUAAAUGGCAGGUGCAGAGCGGGAGUGGUGGCACUUCACACUGGGUUUAUUUUUAACCCAGCGGGAGGUUGUUGUCUGCGCGGCCUCCCUCCAGGAGUACACGUGGAACACUUCUUCUUGACCUCAUGUUGACACAGUGGCCAGUGCAGAGUAACACCCUUCCCACCGGAGGCAGGCAGGCAUCCGCGAGGAGAUCUCGGGAUGUCCAAGCAUGUGAAUAGCUAUGCAAGAAACAGUGAUCUGUGGUGGGAGAGAGAGAUCUCGGUCUCCCUUCUCCCUGUGUCUAGCUACCAUUACACUGGUUGGGAGUAAUACUGUCCAGUCCAGCAGAGCCGCUCGUCUCCAUGUGAGGGAGAACAUGUUGGACGUGAACGCUUAUACUACUGAAGGAUUUUAUGUGAUGUGAUAAAUUGUGGCCCUGUCACAAUAAUAUGAUACUGUGAUCAAAGGAAUCCCUGACAUUGCAGCAGGGUAGAGUUGCCGCCAUGCUUGCGAUAUCAAUGGCUAGCACUGAUCCAGCGGCCGGCAUGCCUUUUAUACAGCAGCCUGAUUGGCCACGUACCGGGGGGACGACCACCCACUCCAGCACCCAAUCACCCCCAACUUGAACUAGCCGCUGUCCAGUUAACAAGCUCCACUGUAGAGGGUGACAAUAGAACUUGUACUAUUUCACUGUUGUGCAAUGCAACAGGGACCAAUUCUGACUGGAACCAUGCUAAAAGCAUGCUUUUACUUGGAUUUGGGAGAAUUUGUACGCUAUCAAGUGACAUAUUCUAAAUCCCUCUAAUCAGAAACAUGUAUCCUGUAUAGCAGAAGAACUAUAUUUGAUUUGCUCCACUGAUUAAAAAAAAAAAAAACUUUUGUGCUUGUUUCAAUAAAAGUGCAGCAUAAAUAAAAGACUUUUGCAGAAAAUCUUUACAACUAGAAUUUUGUAGUGGCCCAAGAUGAUCAGCCAUAAGAAUCAUAAUAACGGGAGUCCUGUCAUCUCCCUUUUUUUUCUUUUUACCUUGCAAUAUGGCACUGUAAAAGAGAACAUGUCUUACAUUACAAGCUGUGUCUAAGUGUGUAAAUAUAUCAGCGUCAAUAAAGUAGGUUGCCGAAAUACCAUUGAAAAUAAAGUAUGCAGCGCCCUGCUGACUACUACCUCAUUAUCACAUUGUCAAUAUUUCUCUGAUUCAACAUGUUCUGCUCUUUAUCAUCCUCACAUGUCUGUGACAUACCUGAGCCAUCCAUGUUUUUAUCAAAAAAACUGUUUCUCUCCCUCAGUGCUCCUGCCAAAAUAUUUGUAAUUGUAGUUACCGAUCUUCUCUUCCCACUCAUUCUUCAUAGAUCUGUUUGUAAAAGUAAAGCAUGCUUCACGUUGACCACACGAUUUGGCCAUCAGUGGGUGUGACGCCCCAUUUUGGUUACUAAGCGGGUAUGUGUUUUUAUGAACAUCAAUGUGUCAGAAUUGGUCCCUUGAUGAUAAAUUGCGGACGGGGGCAGGUAACUGAUUUCCUGCUUCUGUGCUAUGAGUAUUUAUGGUGUGAAAUAUAUCAUUUGGCAAUGGUGUACAUUGAUAUCUCUGAUCGUUGAAUCACCAAUAUCUGUGUAACUUUUACGUUUUGAUUUUCAAAAAGGUAAAGGAUCAAUGAAUUAAAUACUACCUGAACUCUGUGAUUA